AACCAACACAAGCAAACGGAGCGCCUGAUAACAAAUGUGCGCAGGAGUGGAAGAGCACUAUAGUGACCGUACACAUGCGAGUGGCCAGUGGCGGUGUCUCGUUCUGGUUGUUUUUCCCCCAUUUCUCGGUGGAAAAUUCGUGCUGCCUGCCAGAAGCAAAACGGUACUUGAACGGGAACGGUGGCCGGUCGUGUCGUGUCGUCGUAUAUUUGUCACCAUUUUUUUAUUUGAGGACCAACCACUCGGUGCACCCCCAGCAGCAGUUUGGUUGAGGCAGUCCUUGUUGUGUUUUGUGCGGCGACAUUCACCGAAACAAGCGCAGGCAAAGAAAAGUUUCCAAUUUGGCCGCCUCACGUUCCCCCCCAGGCAAAAUCCGUAUCAGCAUAACUGAAACCACCGAUUCGGGAAGCAGGCUCCCAAGGCUCUUCCAUAGGUUAAUCUCCUGUGUGUGUGUGUGUUUUUUUUGUCUCGUGGGUCGUACGGUGGCAGAGUAGCAAAUAGUUAGAUAAUUCAUUCCUAAUAAGCUGCGAGUAGCCUCAAACUAGGCUGUCCCCUCGGCACGGCGGGAGUUCCCAUUCCGCACUGUACGUUGUAUUUGUGGGGCGUUUUUCGAGUGUUACGUGGACAGGUUACGCCAGCAGAAACAGAUUGCCAAACAAGUAAAAGACAGGCAGGAUUGUGGUAGGACAACAACUUGAGUCCCCCCACUAGCUUUAACACUGGCAGUUCAACUGUCUCAAAGACAGUUUCGGUGAUAGUAUUACAUAAACACCUCUCGUAGAACUCCCCUCUCAUUUGGGGACUUGUGUAGAGGCGUGCCACAUGCACAAGUAGCGCAAUUACUAGCAAUUCAGCGGACAGAAGACAGUAUUAGGGUCCUGCCGUGUAGCACCAGCGAGCGACGGUAGUAGAAGUCUCUAGAUGCUAGGAGCGAAAGCGAGCCCCCAAAAGUGACACCAGACAAUACAAAGUAGUAGGCGAGGUAGUAGUAGUAGCCACAGCUAGCUAUAUUCUAUCCGCGUCACGAGUGCUUCGAUAACAAAGGACUACUUCGAUCCGGACUGCGAUGCGCGAUUAGAUACGGUGUGCGGACGCCCUAGCAACGAUUUCAUUUCCGGACAGGAAAUAGAAGUAUUCUCUGUGUGCGUUAUAAAGUGGUCGCCAGCGUUCUCCCCGAGUGCCCCGAGCCAGCGCAGGAAUACGAACCAAACCAACCGUAUUGAAAAACCGCAACCCGGAGCCAUCUUCUCGGUGGAGCACAAUCCUUAACUGCCCGGCCACACACAGACACACACACCAAACGACCAAACAGAAGAAAAAAAACAUCCAAUUAGUCCAAUGAAACCAAGUUUCAAGAACGGAAAGUUCGCCACAUCCAUCUACGAAAAAUGUCUCUGCCAAAAGAAUGGAAUCUCCAGACAUCGCAGGAGUGUCUUAAUCAGUACCUGCGCCCACAAAGCCUCUUUUCGGAGGAUAUCGAAAUACAGCCCCACGCGGAUGAUAACCGACUCUUCGAUGGCGUCUACCAUCCAUCCAUACCGGAACAGCGAUGCCGGGCGCCUCUCAAUGCCGCCCUGCUGGCCGAGUUCGAGAACAGUGGAUCCAUGUUCUCGAUCCAGUCCGCACCGGUCGUCACGGCGUGCAAGCAGGAACCAUCCGCCACCAUCCCGAACGACACCCUGCCGACAGUACCGCCAAUGGCCCUGGUCGGCAAGUUUACCGGCGACGGCGACGGACGACGUGCAACGUACGGUGCGAACGACGGUGCGACGCUGCUCGAUGACUUUGGUGCACCACCACCACCGCAGCCAACAGUGGCCGGUGGGCGUAACGAUACCCUGCUCAGGCCGUCCUCACUCGCGCUCGAUACGCACUACAGCUUGGCAAAACCGGUGGAGCCCCAGCCGUCGACCGAGCUGGACGAGGAUGAUAACGAGAACCUGUUGACUGUUUCGAGUCUAACUGCGCGCCCGCUGAUAGCGAAAUCUCGUGAGAUCCGAAGCAAAAAACAAAAGCUUCAUAUCCAGAGGCAACGAAAGCAGGUUGCGUCCGAUACGAGCGAGGAUGACGACGAUAGCCCACCGGACGGUGGUUAUGGCUGGAUCAUCGUGUUCGGUGCAUUCUCGGUACAGUUUUGGGUGGCCGGACUGGUCAAAUCGUACGGUGUGCUGUACGUUGAGAUAAUGGAAAACUUCCCGAACGCAUCGGCAACGACCGCCUCCUGGAUACCGGCCAUCUUGUCGGCGCUGUGCCUGGUGCUGGCCCCCCUAUCCAGUGCCCUGUGUCAGCGCUUUUCCUGCCGGAUUGUGGUCAUCAUUGGUGGUGUGUUCUGCGGGUUAGGGCUGACGCUCAGCUACUUUGCCACCAGCAUGUACCAUUUGCUUUUCACCUUUGGAAUACUGACCGGUAUUGGUGGAGGUCUCUCCACAACGCCGGGGAUCGUUAUAGUGUCGCAGUAUUUUGAGAAACAUCGCGCCUUGGCGAACGGCAUCACCAUCUCCGGUACGGCAGCCGGAAGCUUCGUGUUUCCGAUGCUGAUCGAACGUUUGAUACAUCUGUUCGGUUUUCACGGCACUCUGCUCAUCCUUGGAGGUUGCAUGCUGCACGUGUGCGUGUCUGGCGCCCUAUACCGACCACUGGAGAAGAAGCAGGACAACCUGCUGGAACCAUCGAAGGAAGGUACGCAGUUCUCGUCCCGUAGCGACUUUCGCGAAAAUCUGGGCCACCUUAGCUCGUCCGAGGAUCACCUAAGCAAACGGUGCCUGGAGGAUCUGUUUCUGGACGAUCAGAACCGCAACAACAGCCUUACGCUCGACAACAAGUUCGUCAACAUUACGGAAAAAACGCUCCAAGAAAGUGAAGACGAACUGAAAGAUAUCCUCUCGAGUGCAAUCUUUCUUAAGCCCAUUUCGUCGAUCCGUAGCUGCAGUAUUCUGCACUCGGUCGAGGAUCUGAGCACCGAUUCGACCUGCGUCUAUAAGAACCGGGCCAGUGGCUAUGACUCCAAGCGGAACAGUAUGCGCUACAAACAGCACCAGCUUCACCAUCACCACCGGCAGGAGGCGCAGGCUCGCCCGCUGCAACCGGCCGACCAGCCGAUCGGCUCACAGACAACGCUGGGCCUGGUGGAAGGGCAGGGCGCGUGCGGGGAAGCUCCACUUCUGGGACCACUGUUGCUGGCACCGAACGAGCUGGACAAGACGGUUCAGGUGGUACCGGAAGCAGCGGCAGCACCAACGAAGACGAUGGCCGGCCCGAUACCGACGGUCAUGAGCUCGAACAACAUGUGCGCGAUGGUGCCGACCAAGGGGCUGGCACAGAACAACAAUCGGGGGCUGAGCAAGAGCAUGAUCAUACCCACGCCGGUGGGCGAUUUGGACGAGAUCUUUGACGAGGAUCCUUACACGGCAUACAACGCAACGUUGCUGGAGAAGAUUAGCCAAUAUCUGGACAUUACGCUCCUGCAGGACAUCACGUUCAUACUAAUGUGCCUCUCGGUAGCUUUAAUGUCGGUUGGAUGUCCGUAUAUGCUUUACUAUCUGCCAGCGUACGUCAUUUCGGCUGGAUACACCAAAUCGGAGGCAGGAUAUUUGGUUGCUGUCAGUGCGGCCUUAGACUUGAUCGGACGCCUUGCAUUGGGCUGGCUGUCGGAUUUGGAUCUGUUUGACCGGAAAAAGGCUUACAUUGUCUGUAUUCUAGGUGCCGGAACGGCCGUACUUACCAUCCCAUCCAGCAGUAACGCUUGGUUCGUGAUUGUGGUCAGUGCCGGAUGCUAUGGGCUUUGCUUGGGCAGCUGGUACCUGCUCGUUCCGGUACUGCUGGCCGAUCUGUUCGGGACGGAACGCAUUAGCUCCAGCUAUGGCUUGGUUCGGAUGUUCCAAAGUAUUGGUGCAAUCUCGGUGCCACCACUAGCAGGUUUGCUGCGCGACGUGUCCGGUGGGUAUGAGAUCUGCUUCUACUGCAUGGGGGUUUGUAUGGUAAUGGGGAGCGUACCGUUGGUCGCCAUCAUUGUGCGCGAUUCGAUCGCCCUGAAGGACAAGCGGCUCCAGCUGGACCGGACUGCUUAAACGGUGGACGGUUGCGCACAAACGCGCCCUUGUCGGACGGAGGGGCAGAUCAUCGUACGGAUCAUUUGGAGUACGCAAAUCCCGGGCACGGAUUCUUAGGACUGAACUAUCUGAUUGACGAUCUGCAGCUAAUAAUAAUAAUAAUAAUAAUAAUAGUAAUCUAAAGUAAUUCGGAAGAGUAACACAUAUUAAUACUAGAACGUAAGCAAUCUGAACCAAAAACCAAACCCAACACAGAAAAGAAGAACAAUAAAGGAAUAAAAAGAAGAGAAAAGCGUUUACAACUCAUGUGAACAUGAUA